GUUCUUUGUCAAUCAUGAUGGCUGACUGAAGUUUCUUGUUUUACUGAUUAAAAAUCUCAAAAAUCUUUAAUUUCUGGAAAAUUGGUGUAUCUGCCACCUCCUCAAAAUGAAAUUUUAAUCAGAUAAAAGAUCAAUAACCUAGUCAGAGGAGUGUACAGCUGAGCAACUUGUGUGAAUUCCAAUCAGUUGCAAUAAAAAUGGAUACGAGCAACAUAUCCUGUCCUGUUUGUACAUUAUAUCUCAGACCAGGCAUAACCCUAAAACACCACUUGAGCAGCCAUCCCAAACAGAAAGUGAUUGAAGCUCUGGUCCGACUAUCUGAGACAGGAGAUGUGGAAAAAAUCGGGAAUUCGUCAACCCACUCCGACUGUGGCACUUCCACCACUCACACGGCUCUAGUAAACCAAACCUGGAAUCAGGGCAACUUGGUCAACAUGCCCCCCAACAUGCCUCCCCUGCAAGGCAACCACGUCUUCAUUUACCAACAAAGCAUGAGCAGCACGACUGCUCCGUCACAAAAUGUACCAUCGCAAUACGUCAUUCCCACAAUUUUAAACCCACAGAUGAUGCCCUACAUAUACCAACAGCAGUUAAUCAUGUCAAGUGGCUCCUGUGUUCCUCCCAUGCGUACUCUUCCGUUUGAAUUACCGUCGACGUCGUCGCAGGAGUGCAACAUCACGGAAGCGCCCGAGGACGAAAGGGAAUCACUAAAGAAAAUCGAGGAAAUUGACGAAGCUGAAGAUGCGAGUGAAACGUUGAGCGAUUCCAUCAAAAUCGACUGUGAUAUGCAGGAACAAAUCAACAACAGUUUGGAUUUGAACGUUUACGAAAUAGGGGAGGAAGGUUUCAACGCACAAGAUGGGCCCCAAAGCCCCAGUUCCGAAAGUGGCGAGUUGAAUAAAGCUUGUCAGACGCAAAAUAACUUGACGCCGGAAGAGGAAGUUUCGGAAGAGACUGAACCGAAACAAACCGAUUCCGAGUUUUAUUUCGUAAACGGGAAUGAAAAUCAGAGUUAUACUUCGGUGGAAUUGGGUCAGAAUCCAAUUUAUACGGCUUCGAAUAUUUUGCAGUCUGAUCAGCUAGAUUUUGUUGAUAUGAACGGAGUGCAGAUGGUAAUUAAUGAUAUAAAUGAGUUUGCGGGCAAUCAGAUUAUAUCUCAGGUUGAAAAUUUUGAAGGUAUCGCUCCUGACCGAUCGGGAGUUUUAAUGACGAUUGGUGGAAUGGUUGAUAGUUCAAAAGAUGAUUUUUUGGAUCAGAGAGACGCGGAAGAGAGUAUGUCUCGCGAGAGCUCAAACGUUAAUAUUCGAGCCGAUGAACGGAUGCCUCCGAGGGGCGAAUUGUCGGGCCAGGAAAGUCUCGGAGGCUCCAGUGAUAUCACCUGGAAUCGGGUGCAAUAUAACGAAGGCAGCUCAGGGAUGUCCACCUCGUACGACCUCCUAACACGCGAAAACUGGGAAGGUUCCGAUAGUUCGGACGUCGAAGUUCCGCCUCUUCAAAGCCGGAUCCCUUCCCACGUGACUUAUCCGGAAGAAGACGACGAUAAUCCGACUAUUGUCAGUUUCACCGGACCUCCUUUAAACUUCAAAUGUUCACAGUGUGACCAAGCUUUCAGUUGUCUAAGAGAGAGGAAAGAUCACGAGGCUGAGAAACAUCCCGAAAAACGCAAACUAAAUCGAAUCGGCGGCGAAUUAGACAAAAAGAAAGUCAAAAAGCUCGUCGUUAAACUAAAAUCCGAGAAACCCGAAAGCGAGAAUAACUUCGUCUUUACGAAUAAAUUAAAAAUGGAGACUCCAACCGAAACGGAAGUACCGGAAGCACAAAUUGAAGAACCUAUCACAACCACUCCUGAGAUUCCGACCGAAUUGAAGUCUGUGUGUCCGAUUUGCGGUUGCGUACUAAUGAAUGCUAAAGCACUGAAAGAGCAUAAAAUGAGCGUCCAUAAUAUCACAGCACUGUCGCGACAUAAAUGUAUGACUUGUGGUGAAUUGUUUCCGAAUGAUUACAAGUUUUCGCAACAUUUACGAAUACAUCCACUCGAAUGUAAAAUCUGCGGUCGGUUGUUCUACCGGAGACAAAACAUCCAGCUUCAUAUGAGGCGCCACUUGGGCAUAAAACCUUUCAAAUGUGACGUAUGCCAGAAGGCAUUUCUCACGAAACAAAAAUUGUUUGAACAUAGGAACAUCCAUACGGGGGAAGCUCCGAUUAAGUGUCCUCUAUGUGACGAAACGUUCCGUCGACAUUCAAACCUAGUCCAACACCGGAACAGACACCACCUCAACAUUAAGAAGAAAGUUAAAGAUUAUAUCUGUUUCUGUAAGGAGGUUUUCCAUUCGAAAAAAAAACUAGCCUGGCAUAAGGAAAUCCACGAUGCCAAACCGAAAUCUUGUACGCAUUGUAGCGAGAAAUUCAUCCAUAUGUCAAGCUUGACGCGCCAUAUGCGACGAGCCCAUAAUGACCGCUUCCUCCCAAACGGUCAUAAAAAGCCCGAAAAUGUGGAAUGUCCGAUUUGCAAGGGGGUUUACUUGAAGUCGUCUCUCGACGUCCAUAUACGUAACCACAGCGGCCAAAGACCGUACGCGUGUCUCAUUUGCAAUAAGGAUUUCACAACGAAAUGGAACCUCAAGUUGCACAAAUGGACGCACGCGUCACGCGUGUCCAAACCGUUCAAAUGCGACCAAUGCAAAGGUGCUUUCAUACGCGAGUCCGAUUAUAUCGCUCAUAUGAACUCGCAUAAGAGCAUAAGGCCGUAUACUUGUAACCACUGCGGGGCGCAAUUCAUCCGCAAAUAUAACUGCCAAAGGCAUGUGAAAGAGCACGAGAAUGAGAAAAUGUUCAACUGCAAAGUGUGUGGAAAGUCGUUCCAUCGGUCGUACUACUUGAAGGAUCACAUGAGGAUCCAUAGCGGACUCAGGCCGUAUUCAUGCCACAUUUGCGGCAAGACUUCGACCACAAAGUCCAACCAUAACAAGCACGUGCAGAUACACCAUGCUAGAGAACCGGUCAGUACUGAGAACUAAAUUGUACAAUUGGAUAACCUGUGAUUAUUUUCGUGGAACUAUCACAUGGGUGAUAGUCGAUUAUGUAUUAUACAAGUAAUCGAAAAGUAUACUUUUUUAAGUAAUUUUAUUUUAGCUAAUUUUAAUUUUUAUCUUUCUGAUUUUAAGGACGGCUAGAUUAAAGACUGUAUUUAUUUUAUUCAUUUUAAUGUACUUUUAGAUUUAUUGGUGGACUCAAAUUUUUAAACAAUGUAUAAAAAAGUCACUUAUGUACAGAAUUUUUAUUUUCAUUUUUAAAAGUGUGCAAUUACAUUUUUUGUAUUGGAAAAUACAAAUAAAACAAACAUUU